AUGGCGGGGUCUUUGAUCUUCUCGCCCGGUCCAUACCACAUCCUCUCCUAUGGAACCCUUCUUGGGACGACAGUGUUCCAUUCCUUCGUCAACGCAACGGCAUCCUUCAAGACCCUCGAGCGGCCACAGUUCGCCACCCUCCAGCGCGCCAUCUUCCCCGUAUACUUUGGCAUGCAGACCAUCUUGCCUGCUGUCAUGGCAUUGACGUACCCGGGCAGCCGCAUUACUGCCGCCGGCAUCCAGGGCGUUUUGGACGAGGCGAACCGAUGGGACGUGCUGGCGCCGAUCGCAACGAUAUUCGUGACGGGGCUGGUGAACUGGGCAUACUGCCUGUCGGCCACGAACGCCGUCACCGAUAAACGGAGAGCGCAGGAGAAGAAGGAUGGCAAGAACAGCUGGGAUGCACCACCACAUUCCCAAGAGAUGGUUGCAUUGAACAAGCAGUUCGGGAAGAUACACGGAAUUUCGUCGUUGCUCAACAUGUUUACGUUGAUUGCUACGAUCAACUACGGUUUCCAUCUGGCGGCAAGGAUUCAGUAA